AUGUCGUCCUCCCUCAAGACUUCAGCGCGACCCGGGGGACCCGCGACACUUCAGUCUAAGACAGAGAGACCAUCUACAAAGAGAAAUCCUCUGGCUGAAAUCCAACCUCGAGCGACACCUGCACCCCUCUCACCCUACAGUCGGGCCCACGGCCCCGCAGGCUCGUCACCGCGACUACCACAUCACGAGUCACUCAAACCUGAAGGGAACUUGUCCGUUCGCGAGAAGGCCGCAGGCAAACGUCCUGUCAUCGCCAUCGACAACAAGCGUCUCUCCACUGUAGCAGACGAUAUUGCCACAGAGAGCAAGAGAGACUCGCAGGUCUCAACAACCUCAGCCGUCUCUGCUACUGCCAAGGGAAAAAGAAAGACUCAUGUCGGACCAUGGCAGCUGGGGAAGACCCUCGGAAAGGGAGCCACCGGGCGGGUGCGUCUGGCAAAGCACGCAGGGACUGGCCAAACUGCAGCGGUUAAGAUUGUGUCCAAGAAGUCUGCCGCGCUUGUGCAAAGUGCAAGCAUGGCUCGUAUGGACGACGAAGACACGCUUUCGAUGAUCGCAGCAGGCCCUCGGACAAUGCCAUUCGGUAUCGAACGCGAAGUUGUCAUCAUGAAGUUGAUUGAACACCCUAACAUCAUCAAUCUCUACGACAUUUGGGAAAACCGUGGCGAACUUUACUUGGUCCUGGAGUAUGUUGAAGGUGGUGAGCUGUUCGACUACGUGUCGGGCAAUGGAGCUCUACCUGAAGAUGAAGCAGUCAGACUUUUCCGCCAGAUCAUCGCGGGUCUUUCAUAUUGUCAUCGCUUCAACAUCUGUCACCGCGACCUCAAACCGGAGAACAUCCUCCUGGAUGGCAACCGAAACAUCAAGUUGGCCGACUUUGGCAUGGCAGCUUUGCAACCUGACGGCACGUGGCUGAACACCUCAUGUGGCAGCCCGCACUAUGCCGCGCCUGAGAUCAUCCAAGGCAACCAGUACCGUGGCGACCGGGCCGACAUCUGGAGCACGGGAAUCAUCCUGUACGCAAUGCUCAACGGCUUCCUGCCGUUCGAUGGCGGGACCUUGGCUAACACUCUACGCUUGGUCAAGAAAGGAGAGUACUUUCUCCCUCCCAAUUUGAGUGUCGAAGCCUCGGAUCUCAUCCAGCGUAUCUUGCAAAAGCGACCAGAGAAGAGAAUCACAAUGGAAGAGAUAUGGGCACACCCACUUCUCAAGAAAUACGAGAAGUAUCAUGCCAGCAUGGUGGCGCCCGAACCGCUCAUUGGUGCAGCCCCACCUUUAACUAUCGAGACGCAAGGUCGACGAGUCAUCAAACGUUCCGAUGUUGAUAUGGAGAUCCUGAGGAACCUGUCGACUCUAUGGCAUGGUAAGAAGCCAGAUGAGCUGAUAAAACAGUUGAUGAGCGAUGAGCCAAACCAUGAGAAACUCUUCUAUUGGGCAUUGGUCAAGUUUCGAGACGAUCAGCUUGAGAACUACCCGGGCGACCCCCUCCACUACUCAGCCAGUGACUAUCACCAUGUUAGCAAACCGAAACCGAAACCCAAGCGUGCAAACAAUGGCCGUGGACACCAUCGACGAGCUUCACAGUUCUCGAUUGUCAGUGACGACAAUAAUAGGCGAGACGGAUACUACAAGAAUCCUGGCACUGCGGCAAGCAAAGCCACACAGAGCAGCUAUGAUCCUUAUCGAGCAUCAAGGACGCCGAUUGCGGGAGAUGCCCUUGAGCCACCCACGGUCGUUGUUCGUCACCGGCCAACCACACCGGGAGGCCGGUCUGUGAGCUCGGCUGGCAGCGUGAGACACAAGGCCGUGAAUAGAUUGAGACCUGAUGUUCCCGCUAUCCCUAGUUUCACAUCUGAAGAGCUAGAGAGACUCAUCCAGAAGAAGCGCGCCUCUUAUUCCACAGCGACAUCCAAAAGUUCCCUGUCAAGUACAAGACGCCUUCCUGGUAUCCGAAAGUCGAUGAGCUACAAGCGACAGGUCAGCUUCCAACACCGUCGCCAGAAUUCCUCAGGUACGACAAACACUCGUGCUGCAGAUCGCCCUGGCACUCGUGGGACUAUGAACGGAAGAUCUGAGACACAGAGCAACCCGAGUCUGCCAACUCCCCCGCAAGCCUAUCGUCCGCGCAAAUCCAGCUCAGACAUCGACGUGAAGAAGCCGCGGGUGGCCAGCUAUUACUGGAAAGACGAAACCCGCAAGGUCAGUGCUGAGCUCGGCAAGAUCUGUGAAGAGGCGUUCAAUCGAUCUUCGGUCUCUACAGUCAGCGAAGUCAGCCCAGCUCCCCCGUUGGACUCAUCAGCCACGUCGAUCGCAGCACAUGCCUACAAAGUUCCGGAAAGCAUUCGUGACCGACCCCUUCCUGCAACUCCGAUUCUUCAAGAGUUGACGGAGCGUCGCCAGAAGAUCAUUGAAACAUGGGGUGAUGCUGACCCGAAUGUUCUCGCUGACAUGCUAGCUGCUGUUGACAAGCGCAUCGAUGCCGAGUUGGGCAACGCGAGACAAUUUGAGAAGCGAGCGGCUUCUGAUCCAACACAUGGAGCUGGGCCAAGCAGGUAUCGCCGUUCUCUGUCUCCAGUCGACACCAUGGAAAACUUGAGGCGAAACCGUGAAGAUAGCUCUAGAGCAGCGUCAGACCCCGUCAAGUUGAAGACCCCUCAGGCGCCAAAAGACACCACCAUUCGGGUCGUAACUCCAGAUCCAAAUUCGCCUUUUGCUCAAAUUGAGCCCCUUCUAGUCCACAAGAACAAGGCCACGCCCAUAAAUUCGCUGAGAGGCGGCCCGGUCGAGUCCUACGAUCGCAUUGGGUACGAUGCGCGGCUACACAGCAAACAAGAACUUGACACGAUCCACGAGAAUCCCGGGUCGCCAAAGAAGAAGGCUUUCCCACCUUCAUCCAACGCGGCACGAAAAUGGUCCUGGCUUGGAAAACGGGGGUCUGGCCCUCAGGAUUCCAUCGAUUCUAAUAAGUCUUCAGAGGAUAUUGCGCAGGAUGCCUUUUCCAACACCUCCCAAAUGGCCCAGGCGAGCGAGUCGGGAACCUCUUCUACCCAUUCGACGAUAAGAGCGAGUGAACAACAAUCGGGUGACAUUGAGCUGCAUAUGGAGAAGAAGAGAAAAUGGUUCCAGAAGAUGUUCGGGAGACCAGCCAAGCCUAAGGACGACCCCCCGGUAAUCCCAAUUGGACCUCGCAUUGUGAGAGAGUUGUCGGAUGGCACGGACUCCAACGAAGCGAACCACGAGAUCAACGCAGACGAUAGGGUCAGAGUCCGGAAGGCUUACCCUCCAGCAACAAGCGUCGAUGCCGCCAUAGCAGCUGCUGCAGUCGGUCCCAUUGAAAUCAAUCAGAAUUGGUUCGCCAAGUUCUUUCAUAUCAAACCCGCGACUCGGGUCAUUUGCCUUCAAAUCAGCAAGGGCAAAGCGAGGCGAGAGCUUGUCAAGAUUUUGAAAGAUUGGCGCAAGUACGGAUUGAGAGACGUGCUUACAGAACGCCGGGCAGGCUGUGACGUGGUGCGAGGGCGCGUUGAUGCGUCGAAUUACCUCCAACUCAAGCCCGUCCAUUUCCAUGCCUAUUUGUAUUCGGUCCUCGAACAGGGUCGCAAAACCCAUUUGAGCAUUAUGAAAUUUACACAGGAGAAGGGUGCAGCGAGCAGUUUUUACAAAGUUGUUGAUACCCUGGAAGCGCUCUUGAAGGAGCGGCAUUUGUUAGUGCACGAUGUGCAGCGCAAGAAGGCCAUUGAACGAAGUCUUAAGGAAGCGGGUUUGUGA